UUAUUAUCAUUUUUCUUUUUUCACUUAUUGUAUGAGAUGUCACAACUAACAAAUUAACUUGAUGAUUUGUAUAUACAAACUUAAAGACUCUUUUUGUUGAGGUAGGAUUCCAUAAUUUAAAAUUAUGAUCAAGAAGAUGAACUUAUGGAUCUUCAAUAGAAUUAGGGAGGUUUUUAAGAACUUUUUUAUGAAUUUGAAAAUAUAAUCUCUCCAAAUGAAGAUGCCAAAAAAUAGAUUUAUUUUUAAAUUUCUGAUAAUGAAAACAAUGUGAAUUUUGAUUUAGAAUCAAGUAUUUAAAUUUCUGAUAACGAAAAAAAUGUGAAUUUAUAUUCAGAACCAAGCAUUUAAAUGUUUGAUAACGAAAAAAAUGAGAAUUUUGGUUUAGAAUCAAACAUUUAAAUAAUAAAUCCUUAGAAAACCCCUGAAAAAAUUCCCAAAAAGAAAUUUAAUGAAAAAAGUUACUGUAGAUAUAUAUUAUUAUAUUUGUUUCGAACUAUUGAAAAUAAAUAAUAUGCUGAAAUCAUAACGUAAAUUUGCAGCAUAUAUUAAAUCAAUUACUCUAAUUUUGUUGAAUACUAUAGAAAAUAAAGAAUUUUAAUUAUGGGUUAUUAAUCUUUAAAAAAAGAACUAAUCUAUGAUAAAGAUUCUAUUCCUGAUUAGAACCGUAAGAAAGCAUUCAAAGAGGUUCUUAUUUGGUACUUAGAUAAAUUAGCUACUAAGCAGAUUUUAUUAAGCAAAAAACAAAACUUUGAAGGAUAUCUUAAAUUUAAAAAUUAUGUAAUGUCCUAUUAUAUACACACUCCAAAAAGUUGGGCUGGUAAUAAACCAUAAUGGAUAUGAAUAUUCAAUUAUAGUAUAGAAUAUUUAUAAAUUUGUUUCAUAUCAAUCGCAUUCUAGUAAAAUCUUUAUUUUCAAUUUAUCUUAAUCACUCAAAGCACU